CCAUACAGUCGAUGAAAUGUCAAAAUUUCUGUCCAUCUUCAUUCAAAAAACAUCUGGCUUUCCGCAGUUCCAAUACACAUUAUUCGCUACAAUGUCCAAAAGAAUUAAGAGAACCCCCCAGUUUAACCCGAGUAUAGCAAGAUUAGCUCGUAAGGUCACCCGGCGCCACACUCACGCUAAACAUACGCCUCAUGCCGUCGACAAGCGUAAGGAAAAAGAAUACAGGGAGAAAGUUGAGGUUCUAAAGCAACCCAUCAAAUCUGAGGCGGACAAAAAGCUAUACAAAACAAUCCGUCUGCACAAUGGCCUUACCGCCCUCCUGAUCUCCGACCCAACGACGCCGCCGCCGGCCGUCGCGCGCGGCGCGAGCUCCUCCGAAGCCAGCGACAGUGGCUCCGAAAGCACCCACAGCCGAGAAAGCUCGUCGGGACAAUCGGAGGACAGCGACCAGCACGGCUCGGGACCCAAACGAGAACUCGAUGAUGAAAAACUGGCGGCGUGCGCGCUGUGCGUCGGCGUGGGCAGCUACAGCGACCCGCACGACAUCCAGGGGCUGGCGCACUUCGUGGAGCACAUGGUGUUCAUGGGCAGCGAGAAGUACCCCAAGGAGAAUGAGUUCGAUGCUUAUAUUAAGAAGAAGGGCGGUUCGGACAACGCGUCGACGGACUGCGAGGUGACGACGUUCUACUUCGAGAUCCAGGAGCGGUACCUGCCGCGCGCCAUGGACAUGUUCAGCAACUUCUUCGUCAGCCCGCUCAUGAAGAAGGAGUCCAUGCAGCGCGAGAGGGAGGCUAUACAGUCGGAGUUCGCGAUCGCAGCGCCAUCUGACGGCAACCGCAAGGACCAGCUGCUCUCGUCGCUGUUCCCGGAGGGGCACCCCGCGCGCACCUUCACGUGGGGGAACCUCAAGAGCCUUAGGGAGGAAAUAGGUGACGAUGACAAGCUACAUAAAGCAGCGCACGAGUUUAGGAAAAGACAUUACAGCGCACAUCGGAUGACAUUGGCUGUCCAGGCACGUAUGGACCUGAAAUCCCUGGAAAAGUACGUAGUGGACAGUUUCUCUCACAUCCCACGGAACAGUAUGGAACAACUGGACUUCAGCCAGCACCGCUACAGUGACCGGCUGGUGACGCCGGAGUUCACCAGCCUCUACUAUGUGAAGCCUAUUAGUGACGCCAGCGAGAUCCACCUGACCUGGAUGAUGCGUUCCCUGCUCCCCGAGUACCAGUCCAAGCCGCACCAGUACAUCUCCUUCCUGCUCGGACACGAGGGCAAGGGCAGCCUGCUGUCCUACUUGCGCAACAAAGUGUGGGCGAUGGGCCUGUACACGGGCAACUCUGAGUCGGGGCUGGACUACACCUCCAUGUAUUCACUCUUCACGACGCAAAUAGUACUUACUAAGGAUGGGCUGGAACAUGUUGAUGAGGUGUUAGAGGCGGUGUUUUCUUACUUAGAAAUGUUAAGGAAUUUGGGGCCAUCCGAGCGAAUAUUCAAGGAAAUUCAGACGAUAGAGGGCAACAGCUUCCGCUUCGAGGAGGAGCACCAGCCGGCGGACUACGUGGAGACGUUGUCGGAGAACAUGCACUUCUACCCGCCCGAGCACUAUAUUACAGGGGACAAGCUGUACUAUAAGUAUGAUCCUGAGGGUAUAAUGCAACUGCUGGAGGCCAUGCGUCCGGACAAGGUGAACAUCAUGAUCCUGUCCAACAAGCAUUCUCGCCCCGUGCACUACAACCAGACCGAGAAGUGGUUCGGCACCGAGUACAGGAAGGAAGACAUCCCCGAACAAUGGCUCGACAAAUGGAUGUCAGCGCAACCGUACGAAGAGUUCCAUCUACCGGAGAAGAACGAAUUCAUAGCGACAGAUUUCACACUCUUGCCGCCGGCGCAACCGUACUUAGACUUGGCUGAUGAAGCUGAAGUGCAAUUGGGAAGGACCCCAGCGAGGAUUGUUCACAGGAAGAUGAAAGAGAUGACUCCUCGAGAUGUGGUGUUCAAAGAUCAUAGUUACGAGACUGCUGUGAAGAAUUUCAGGUUGGACCAACCGAAUCUGUUCCGAAAGAACCGUCACAUGGAGGUGUGGUACAAACCCGACUUUAAAUGGCGGUUCCCGACCGCGCUCCUCUAUUUCUACUUCAUCACGCCACUCAGCCUGCGAUCACCUAGAGAGUCGUGCCUACUCGAUCUCUAUAACGAUGUGAUACAUCAAACGAUGAAGGAAGAGUUAUACCCUGCAGACAUGGCGGAUCUCUCACACUCGCUGUCCAUAGGCGACAAGGGACUCAUGUUGAGAGUGGCCGGGUACAGUCAGAAUCUACAUCUACUAGUAGACCUGAUAACAAAAGGCAUGCGCUCAGCAACAGAGGACGUGACGCCGUCUCUGUUCGAGGCGGUGCGCGAGGUGCGCAUGCGCAACUACCAUAACGUGCUCAUCAAACCUGUCAAACUUGCCAAAGACGUGCGCAUGCACAUCCUGCUCGAGCCGUACAUCUCGCCGCGGCACAAGGCGGCGGAGAUCCACAACGUGACGCUCGACGAGUUGAAGGAGUUCGGACGGACGCUGUUCGACCGGAUGUAUGCGCAGGUACUAAUUCAAGGCAACCUCCACUGGACGAAUGCGCUCAAGAUAUCGGAGCGGGCAUUCGCAAACCUAAAAUGGGGUGUACUUGAAGAAAUACCGAUGGUCCACGUCCACCAGCUGCCCCUAGGCUCGCGUGUGGCCCGCGUGCUGAGCCUCAACCCGCACUCCACCAACAGCAUCGUCACCGACUACUACCAGGCGGGCACCUCCAACCCGAAGGACACCGCCAUAUUGGAAGUGCUUAUGAUGCUGAUGGAGGAGCCGGUGUUCGACGCGCUGCGCACGAAAGAGCAGCUCGGCUACAGCGUGUUCAGCAUGAUGCGCUACACGUUCGGCGUUCUCGGCUUCUCCGUCACUGUCAACACGCAGGUCGACAAGUUCAGCGUAUCGCACGUGGACGGUCGCGUGGAGAACUUCCUGAAGAAGUUCCUGCGGGACAUGCGCCGCCUCAACGAGUCCACUCUCGACACCACCAAGACCUCGCUCAUACAGCUCAAGCACACCACCGACUACGAGCUGAAAGAGGAGGUAGAAAGAAAUUGGCGUGAAAUCUCCAGCCAGGAAUACCAAUUCCAAAGACUUUACAACGAGGCAGGUGCCAUCUCCAGGGUGAAGCUGCCGGAGCUGAAGGCGUGGGUAGAGAACCAUUUCGCCAACGGAAACAAAUCCAAGUUCAGGAAGCUCUCUAUACAGAUAAUGGGUCACAAAGCGGCAGACACGAAUAGUAGCUCCAACGAGCGGGAACAAGAGCCGGAGUACCUCCACAGCUUCGACCUCACGUUCCUGGACGCCAGCGACCCCAUCGGCGACAAGAAAGAAGUAGAAAGCAACGCAGACUUCAUUAAAGAUAUUCAGCAAUUCAAGCGGGAUCUACCCCUCAUGACGAUCCCUAAGGUCGAGUUGGCACAAUGCUGAUGUCCUUUGCCUUGUUAAGUUUAUAAGUACCACGUAAAUUGACCAAUGCGCAGAGGGUAUUUUUAGGUGCGGGCCGGGUGUGUCAAAACUGCGCAACGCCAUUGGUGGCUUGGUAUGCCGCUCGGCCGCUAUUCGUAAUUCUCUCAUAUGCUACGUUCGGAAAUUUUAUUUGUGCAGAUUGCCCUUUGUGUCAAGUUACGUGGUUUGUAGUAAAAAAAUGUAAAAAGGUGUCAUAUUUUUUCUCGGUUUACAGUGUUUAGUUGUAACUGACGAUGACUGUAGAUGACGAAAAAUUUUACGUGUUCGAUUCUAUUUGUAAGUAUAAAUAGCGAUCAAAAUCAUAACUAUCAUUUUUCUUUGCCGUACUUACUUAGCUAAGUCUAGAGAAGGGCCAGAGAUUAAGUCGAGCUAUCUUUAUAAUUCGACAUGUUCAAAUGAACUUUUAAUUAGUAUUACACUGAACCAAGGAGCAACCUACUCCUUACGGAUUACAGUGCAAGCAAUAAUAUAUGAAAUGCCACCACAACUUGACUGGAAUACUUACUGUAUGACAAAAUUACUUGUAAAUAAUAAAUAUGAUAAAGGUAUAUAUAUGUACGUCCAUAUUAGGUGCUUUUUCUAAAGUAAAAUUAAGCUAUAGACUGCAUAAAAUAGAAUUAGUAAAUAAAUACAUAUACAUAUAAAAUACCUACAUCCAAAAAAUUUUACUCACUGCCUGCCUUUAACGCGACAGAGUAAAAAAUUAUAAUCCCUUAUCUAUGAAAAAGUUGUGUACAUUUUUUUUUGCACCAAUAACUUGUAGUUACAAUUCCAUAUAGUCAUGUUUCGCAUAAAGACCCAAAACUGUAUGAAUCCAACUAAUAGUUUAUCGGAAGGUUAUUAAUAUUAUUGUUGAAAAGCAUGUUUCAAGUGCAGUCGUUGAUCUUAUCAGUAUACUACCUAAUUAAUAACUAACCAUUAUAAAUUCAUUUUUGAUUCCGAAUGAAACAUAAGACAUACAAUUUUAUAAAUAAAGGGAUAAAUAUGAUGUUUUGUCAAUAUAAUUAUAUAAUUUCAAGUUUCCUGUAAAAUAUAAAUACCAAUAUAGUUACAAAAAAACCUGC